AAGGAAGAAAGAAUCAGCGUACGAGUGCCGCAGAACACCGUCAGAAGCCGAAUUCGCGAGUUAGAACUUUCGUCGAUCGGAAAAGAUGUCGGGAGUGACGAACGAGGAAGACAAGAAGCCGGUUGGAGAUCAAGGUGCUCAUAUCAAUUUGAAAGUCAAAGGACAGGAUGGAAAUGAAGUGUUCUUUAGGAUCAAACGAAGCACACAACUUAAGAAGCUGAUGAACGCUUAUUGUGAAAGGCAAUCUGUUGAUAUCAGCUCUAUUGCCUUCUUGUUUGAUGGUCGUCGCCUUCGAGCUGAACAAACUCCAGAUGAGUUGGAGAUGGAAGAUGGUGAUGAGAUUGAUGCGAUGCUGCAUCAGACAGGUGGCGGCUUCUUAUGGGUUUAGAAGAAGAGUAUAUAAAGUGAUGAUGAAUUGAUGAUAUGAUAAUGCUGGUUGAGCUUUUGUCUUAAGCUUCGUAGUUCUGUUAUUUAGGAGGUUGGAUUUUAAGUUAACUGUUAUGUUGGUGUACUUAUUUAAUAACAACUAUUUUUCCCUUUAAGGGAAAGAAUAUGCUAUAUUGCUAUAUUCUAUCGUAACUAUUAUGCA